AUGGCGCUGGGUAUCGAUCCUGCGAAUGCACCUCGACUGCGUUUGUUCGCAUGGAAUGUCUUUCUUGGCUCACGAAAGUCGAGUCACAUUCCUGUCUCGCAGUCCAUCACUCAAAUCCUGUCAUGGCCCGAGGUAGAAGAGCUUGUAGGCAUCUACUUCGCCAAAGUAGAUCCAUGCUACGGAUUUGUAGAUCGCCGCUCGCUUGAGCGGCGUAUGCGAACUUACUGGACGAAUGAUGAAAGCGAGACUAGCUCAUUUGAGGCUGUCAUGUGUGGUGUUGCGGCCUUGGGACUUCUGUUUUCGCGAAGGAACGUCGUCGAUGCAGAGUUGGACCUUGUCGAAACCGCCAAGCGGAUUCUCGAGGAGUCAAUAUCGUUACAUCCUUCUCUGGACAUCGUUACUGCAUGGGUGCUACGGGUAGCCUAUAUGCGAAUGACUGCACCAGCGCACGCCGCAUGGAUGGCCAGUUGUAUGUUGAUGCACACUCUCGAAGCAGCUGGCAUCCACUCGACACACGUACUCAACUGGAGCGCUGAUGAGUCAGGUCAGCCGCUGACGCCGGAGACUAGAAAGCGUAUCCUUGGAGUUGCCCAGCAUCUCAAUAUCUGGAUGUCGUUUGAUAUCGGACGCUCUAGUGUACAUCUUCAGACGCUCGAUUUCGAUCUACCCGCUCCUAGAGAAGGCGGAUAUACCACAGAAUUGCUUGAACUAUUACCUCAUUCCGAGAACCUCAACCCUGACAAGAGUGUUGAUGUGCUGGAUCUCAAAAACUCUCUCUCAACCAUUGUUGAGCGACAUCAUACCGCACCACCAUCGGUUCUUGCUCAAUGUAAUCUUACACUCUUGCUGUGCCGCCGCUUGAGAACUCUCAACUUUCACUUCCAAGGCAGUCUUCUCAGUCAGGUAUUGACAGUCACAGCAGGAGGCAUCAAAGCUGCUCAAGACCUGCUGGAUGACUGUGCUCCGUGGCAUCAUGUGGUGAAUGUCCCAUUCCAGAUCAUCUGUAUCUUGCUCGCAUUGGAUACCCCGGCUGCAAUCGCACAAUUGAACGAUGGCAUCAAGACUUUGAGCAACAUCCAACUCGUUUACCCGACCGAUGCCGCCAAAGAAGCGCUCAGUACCGCUUGUUUACUCAUACAUCUACACAGGAAACGCAAAGAAGCAGAUCUGAAAACACUUUCAGAGAUUGUAUCAACAUACUCACCAUCGGUCUUGUUCGAUCAGUCAAUUCCGUCACAACCUCAGAAUAUUAAUGAUUGGGGCAGCACUUGGCUCGAAACCCUACCCGAAAUGCCGGAUCUCCAGACUUUCGACAUUGAUCGGUUUCUCAAUGGUAGCAGUNNGAGUGGAGUAUUCCUGGUGACUGGACACAAGGUUUGUAGGACUGUGCAACCAAUCGGGGCUGGCGGGUGUUGCGGGCCGUUGUUGACUAUAAAGUCCGACCUUGCUCUGAAGCUCUGUGAUCUUCAAGCCACAACACUCUUCAUCUCAGUACUUCAUCACAUUUGCGACAUGGCUGCGUUACUCAAAAGGAAAUAUCCAUGGAUCAAGCUUCCACUGAUCGUGUCGGCGCCAAUGCUGGGUGCUGCAACGCCUACUCUUACAGCUUCAGUCAGCCAGGCGGGUGGUAUUGGUUUCCUAGCUGGUGGGACCAAGCCUGCUGAACUCGAUGAUCUCUUGACGAAGACCUCGGCUUUGUUUCCCUCCAAAUCACAUCUUCACAACAGCGUCUUGCCCAUCGGUGUUGGGUUUCAAAACUGGGGCUGUGAUCUCGAUGUUAUGUCACCAAUUUUCCGGAAACACUGCGUUGCUGCCAUUUGGCUUUUUGCUCCAAAGCAGCUAUCAGACUUUAGUGCAUGGGCUCAGGAAAUUCGAAAUGUGAGCGAAGGACGAACACAAGUUUGGAUCCAAGUCGGAACGGUAUUCGAGGCACUGGAAGUGACGAAGCUGGCUCGUCCCGAUGUCAUUGUCGUCCAAGGGACAGAUGCGGGUGGCCACGGUCUUCGCCAAUCUGCCAGUAUCAUAUCAUUAUUGCCAGAGACCAAGGAUGCACUCAAAGCUGCCGGCUAUCCUCACGUGCCAGUACUGGCUGCUGGCGGGAUCGUCGAGUCAAGAGGUGUUGCUGCUGCUCUCACUCUAGGUGCUGCUGGCGUUGUCAUGGGUACGAGGUUUCUCGCUGCAAGCGAAGCUGGUAUUGCAAAAGGCUGGCAGAAUGAAAUCAUCCGUGUCAAGGAUGGCGGUAUCACGACUCGAAGAUCGACUCUCUGCGAUCGUCUCAAGGAGACAAUUGGCUGGCCGCAGCAUUAUGAUGGUAGAGCCAUCAUCAACAAAGGACACUCGGACGAGGAAGCAGGCUUGCCUGAUGCUGAAAAUGUACGCAUGUACAAAAGGGAGCUCAAGCGCGGAGAUGGCGCGUGGGGUGACCACGGGAGAAUGGUGACCUACGCUGGUACCGGUGUUGGGUUAAUCAAGGAUCGCAAAUCUGCCGCUGCGAUUGUAGAGGAGACAUCUUCCGGUGCUUCGGAGAUACUGCAACGCUGCGCAGGCACAGUAAGCUCAAGGCUGUAA